AUUAUGAAGAAAACUUUUGGCUGCAAGUAUUAAGUUCUAAAUUACGUCACGAAACUUGAUAAUAUGUCGUCCUCUAAAGAAAAAGCUGAAGAGGAGCAAGUUCAUGUCUCCAUAGAGAAUUGUGAAGAUCAAGGAAAUGGUAAAGAUAACAAAAAAAUCCAUUUCAGUGACUUGGUUCUUGAAAGUUUGAAAGAAAUUGAUUGUAAAAUGAUUAGCUUGGAGCGCUUUAUCCAUACUGUAGACGAACGAGUAACUGAAGUGCAAAAAGAGCAACAAAGACAGAUGGAUGAAAUGCAAAAAGGACAACAAAGACUGAUAGAUGAAAUGAAAACACCACCUGAACUAUCAACAAGGGAGAAAAUUCAGCAAGCACUAGAUCAAAAGAGACCUGUUGAAACAUUCCUAUGUAUGCAAUUUCUAGAAGAGCAUGGUAUAAUUGCCUAUCCUUCAUCAUUCAGAGACAUUAAUAAAAGAAAUGCCAGAGCAAAAAAGGAAAGGCGUACACACAAGUUUAUUAAAAAGCACAAUUUAUAACCUUAAGUUAAUCUUUUUAUACGAGGUGCUGUCUAUUAUUCAAGAAGAUGUGAGUUAGUAACUUAAGUGAAAUUUUUUAAAUAAAUGAGUAUUUACUGAAAAUAUA